UGCUUUCUGGCACUCACACUUUCAAUCACUCACACUUUCAAUCACACUAGAGUACACAGUACUCAAAAACCUCGUUAAAAGUGUAUAAAAACCUCAAAUUUCAACUCCAAAACCUUAAAAUCUAAUCUCAAAUCCAUCUUUAUCACGAUGUCUCUGAUGUCAACACUUUCAUUUUCUUUCCUUUUUCUCAUUUUAGUUCUCCUUAUCCCUUACACAAUGACAUCCAAUGAGUACACUUAUUACUCAGUACAUGACGGUCUCCGUAGCUAUGGUCUUCCAGCGGGACUGUUUCCAAACAAUGUCAAAUCCUAUACCUUGGAUGAAACUGGCUUUUUAGAGGUCCAAAUGCAUCACCCUUGUCUCGCUCAAUACGAAACAAGAGUGUUUUUCAACAGUGUGGUAAGAACUAACUUGAGUUUUGGACAACUGAAAGUAUUUGAAGGCAUGUAUCAAGAAGAGCUUUUCAUUUGGCUACCAGUUAAGGGCAUCAUAGUUACAGAUCCAUCAUCAGGUCUCAUUAUCAUUGAUAUUGGUCUUGCCUAUAAACACCUCUCUUUGUUUGAUUUUGAUAACCCUCCAUCUUGCAUAUAUCAAGGUAUACUUCAAAUUAGUGGAAGGAAGGAGCUUGCCGAAUACAGAGAAGAGAAGUUUGUCUAUGAAAAUGAAUGGAUAUUUCUUUGUUGGUAUCUUUCAAUUUUUAUUAUCAUUCUAUGGAAUUACCUUCAUCUUUGUAGGCAUGAAUUUAUUAGAUAGAUGUAAAAUGUAAAAUUAUGCUUCUAUAUAAUAAUUAAAUGUAUUCGAAAGAGAAUUUAAUAUU